AUGAGUUCAGCUGGACUUAAAUUGCACAACUUUAACACCAAAAAACGAACAGGACAAAAUAACGCCAGUAGAGGAAGAAGAAGGCGAAAUAAGACGUGGAUAAGGAGAAAAGAGAAGAGGAAAAAAGAGGAAGAUGAGAAAGAAGAGGGAAUGGAGAUAAAAGAAGAAAAGGAAGAAGCAGGAAAUGAGGAAGGAAAGAACGACAUGUGGGCGGGGCAGGUACUUGAAGUGGGCGUGGCUGUUAGUCCCCUAUCUCGACCUAAAGAAACAGGAGCAAUCGUCGCAGUCUCCCUGAUAAUGCUACCUGCGACAAAUCGCAUUGCACACGCCUCCCGACGCGCGGCGUCGUCUCUGGGCGUCGGCGCCGCCCCGACGCGGGGCCGUGCGUCGUGCGUCAACACAGCCGCAGACGCCGCCCGCCGAGGCCGCGGGGCCUCUUAUCAGCCGUCGAGGAAGGUGCCCUUGGCCAGAUGCCCCGCGCUUCCAACCGGAGCGGCUGCAGCGGCGACAGCAGCCGGAUGCGCGGGCGAACGCAGGCAGAUGCCGCAUCGAACAAUUGCUUUGCUUGUGUCGGGCGGUUCUCGGGCGUACGUAUAA